GUAAUACUCGUCGAUAUAUGCGGAGGAAAGAUAAAUUUUGAGGCAGUCGUUCGCUGACCAUUUACAAUACAGUCGACCAUUUAAUCAAGUUUAUUAUUAUUGUUUUACAAAAUAAAAAAAUCUAGUAGUUCAGUGUCGAGUAGUGUGAUCAUACAAAAAUGGAACGGUGGACCGACAAGUUAAUAGUCGUGACGGGUGCCAGCAGAGGCAUCGGCAAGGCGAUUGUCGCCGAGCUGGCUAAGUAUCCGGUGAAAAUUGUCGGACUGGCCAGAAACAUUGAAGGUCUGCAGGGCAUUGCCGACGGGUUGAAAUCGUUGCCCGGGAAAAUGUAUCCUAUCAAAUGCGACUUGACAAACGAAUCGGACAUUCUGAAGGCGUUCGAAUGGAUCGACACGGAACUGGGUCAAGGUGUGUCUGUAUUGAUCAACAACGCCGGUACAUUGAUCAAAAGCAAAAUUCUCGAUGGAGAUAUCGAAGACUGGAAACACAUGUACGAUCUAAAUGUAAUAGCGUUAACGGUGUGCUGCAGAGAAUGUCACAAGAGUAUGACUAAGUACGGCAUAACCGACGGACACGUUAUAAACAUCAACAGCACUGCCGGACAUACAAUGUUGCCUCUGCCUGGCCACAAGUUGUACAAUUCCACCAAAACGGCAGUCACGUAUCUGACCGAAGGGUACAGGCACGAGCUAAUAGCUGCAGGAGUAAAGACUAAAGUCACUAGUAUAAGCCCCGGACGAGUGUGGACAAGUGAAAGCCCCAAGGCGGAACAAUUAGUGGCCAUGAAACCCGAACGAGUAGCUUCCAUGGUUAUCGUCGCUUUGACUACUCCAUCCGACGUUGUGAUCGCCGAGUUAACUGUGUUGUCCGUUGGCGAGACCCUCCAAUCGUAUCCUCAGUCACUAAUUAAGUGAUGUCUUGUUCGGAUUAUGUAAAACGUUCACUUUGUUAUUAACUUUCAAUACUUUUGAACUUGAAUACCGUAUAAAUAUAUUUUUAUAAUCUAUAUAUAAAGUCUAUUGGGGUUAUAGUAAUCGAUCGAAUUGUUGACAACUUCUUGUUAAUGAACAAUAAAUAAUAUAAUAA